AUGUGUGCCAGUGGUGAGCGCUCCUACAAAAAGGCGCCCCUGUUCACAGGCCCCAAGAUGAGUCAGACAAAGGAGAAUUUGGAAGAUGGGCAAAGACAGUUGACACAAAGCAGAUCCAUGAACGUAAGUGGAAACCACACCUCUGUGACCAUGUUUGUUCUCCUAGGACUCUCAGAUGACAAAGAGCUUCAGCUCAUCCUCUUUCUAGUCUUCCUGGCAAUCUACCUUGUGACCCUGAUGUGGAACCUGGGCCUUAUCAUCCUCAUCAGGAUGGACUCUCACCUGCACAUACCCAUGUACUUUUUUCUCAGUUUCCUGUCAUUUAUAGACAUCUGCUAUUCUUCUACCAUCAGCCCAAGGAUGCUUUCAGACUUCUUAAAAGAUGAGAGGACAAUUUCCUUCUUUGCCUGUGCCACUCAGUAUUUUGUUGGGUCCUGGAUGUGUCUGGCUGAGUGCUGCCUCUUGGCUGUCAUGGCCUGUGACAGAUAUGUGGCCAUCGGCAGUCCUCUGCAGUACUCAGCCAUCAUGGUCCCUGCUAUCUGUUGGAAGAUGGUGGCUGGAGCCUAUGGGAGUGGAUUUGUUAGUAGCUUAGUUCAAACAGUGCGUUGCUUUAAUCUCUACUACUGUGGGCCAAACAUCAUCCAACAUUUCUUCUGUAACAUACCUCAGAUUAUUUCCUUGUCUUGCUCUAAUCCCUUUAUCAGCCAAAUGGCUGUUUUUCUGGUAGCUAUUUUUGUUGGGUUGGGCUCUUUGCUUGUUAUCCUUGUGUCCUACGGUUUUAUUGUAGCUUCAAUACUGAAAAUGUCAUCAACCAAAGGUAGUGCCAAGGCCUUCAAUACCUGUGCCUCCCACCUAGUAGCUGUGACUCUCUUCUACAGCACAGCCCUUUCUGUGUACAUGCAUCCAAGCUCUAGCCACUCCAUGAAGCAGGAUAAGGUGCUCUCAGUAUUCUAUGUUAAACUUAUCCCCAUGUUAAACCCUCUGAUCUAUAGUUUGAGGAACAAGGAAAUCAAAGUGGCUCUCAAGAGGGUGAUAAAUGGGGCAACACAUUUACAUUAG